AUGUUCUCCCUCCAGGUGCUGCUCUUGGUUCUGGUUCUGUCCCUGCCAGUGGACUCCAGCUUCAGCUUCAGCUUCGGCAGCAGUGAGAGUUUCAGGUUUUCAGGGUAUUUUGUUGUGAAACCUGCUUUAAACCUCUAUAACAUGCUGCACAUUUGAUUUGGACUCAUCCUGUACAUACUUUGGCCUGCUCUUACAGACAUUCAUGGGAAUACUUGGUGUGAUAUAUCUGGAUAAUAAUUUUAGAGUUCAAUUUUAGAGAGUUGAUAUUUGAGUCUUUCUGACAGUGGUGUUGGUCACUUUGUUCGGGUGUUUCUGGGUAAAGGUUGAAAAUGAAUCGAGAUUCAGAUUCAUGUCUUUUAAACAUCUUAAAUAUUCUUUUCUAUCGUUUCUCCUACAGGAGGCUCCAGAAACAGGAACUAUGACUUUUCAGGACCUGACCUGACCAAGCUGUACAACUCUGGAGUCUACAAGGCAGAGAAGGUGGUCCGACCCCUGGGGAACCUCAAAGACACAUAUGGUCCGAUCAGCCACUCAGGAGUCAGGUGAGCACACACGCACACACACACACACACACACACACACACAAACACACACACACACAGAGUACCUGAAUAUUGAAUAUUCUGUAUUCACUAGAGUCAGAAAAACAUAUAUAUUAAGAUUUUAAAAUAAAGACAUCAUGUCGUAAAAUUAAAGUCAUUUUAUUGAAAGAUAAAUCAAAUUUAGAAAGUUGAUUAAAUUCUAAUUUCAACCAUGACGUUUUCUUUAUUUGACUCAAAACUAAGUUUUACAAACUCAUUUGUUUAAUAUAAAAACUUUAUUCUCUUUAUAUAACAACACCUACUUUGUUAAACCAAUGAUUUUAGUCUUGAAUUAUAAAUUGAAUGUAAACUAAAGUCAUUAAAAAAUACACAACCAAUUCAGAUAACAGAGUUACAGUAAUUUAAAGUAUUAAGCAAAGUCGUUUGUAUAGAAAAACAAAAAUUAUUUCAUUAAUAAUGUUAAUUCUAUCAUUAGGAGAAUAAAGUUAUUAGGAUAAAAAAAUGACAGAUGUUAUACAAAAGGUUAAAAUUAUAAUACUUAAGUCAUUAAGUCAAACAGAGUCUACAAGAUUUGAUCAUGAUCAUGAUGAUCGGUAUUUGUUGGUUUAGUGUUAGACUUGUUUUAUAUUUUAUUUUAUUUCAUCUCAAUAUUUUCUCAUGUUUCUUUUUGUGGUUCCUGUUUCCGUGUUCAUUAUUCUUAAUUAUAACUUAAAGGAUAAAGUCACUAUAUUACUAGAUAAAGUUGAAAAAUUAAAAGACACUUACAGUUGAGGCAAAAAUUAUCAGCCCCCCUAUGAAAUUUUAACCUUUUUUCCAAAAUUUCCUAAGUGUUGUUCAACAGAUUACUGAUUUUUUUACACAGCUUUUCCAAAUAUCCUAGUUUUAUUUUGACAUGCUCUUCGCUUUUACGCAAGCGAACAUGACAGGUCAACCAAAGGGAUCCCCCUCGUGGUUGGCUAUAGUAGCUACAUGUCAUAAGUCCCGUACCCCUAAGUGACACUAAAAGCUCAAAGUACCCUUCAAAUAAAGUUUCUCCAAACGUGUUUAUUAUUUUAGGUAGUUAUUAUCAUGAUAAUCCAUGUCCAAGAGUCCAUUUCCCCGGAUGAGAUGGGUUUUAUUCAUCAUUUGACGCUAUAAACACACAUUGACAUCCUCGAGCUUUUAUUCUGGUAUUUCCGGUUACCGGCAUUUGAAUUUGCAUAUUAGCUAAAUAUUUAGUUUCACCCGAACCAUUUAGAUUUAGAUUAAGCAUUUAGAUUUAGAUUUAAAAUUUAGAUUUAACAUAUAUUUAGGCGUAACAUUUUAUAUUUAGAUGUAACUACUUAAAAUAUCUCUAAGUUGACAAAUAUUGUUGUAAAUUUGCAAAAAAAAAGUGACCGUCAAAAGUUCAUACCAGUUUUUUAAACGUUGUUUGAAGCUAAAUGUGGCAAAAUGUUGCCGUUAUUUUCAGCAUGAGCCGCUUUACAAAUGGCGCCCCAUAACUACCAGGGUCAAAAUUAUUAGCCCCCCUCAGGCUAAUAGUCAAUAAUAGUUGUGUGUCCUUUUUGCUGGAUAACAGCAUGCAGUCGUUUGCUGUAGUUUGUAACAAGGCUCUGGCACAUCUCCUGGGGAAUCCCGGCCUAUUCCUCUUUGGCAAAUCUUUCAAGCUCCUCCAGAUUUGGUGGUCUUCUAGUAUGGACCCUGGUCUUCAGUGCAGCCCACAGAUUUUCAAUAGGAUUUAAGUCAGGGCUUUGUGCAGGCCAGUCAAUAGCGUUGACUUUGGUUUCCUGGAGGCAGCUCCUCACCAGGAGCCUAUUCUACGAAGCAAGUUCAACCCAGCAAGGUAGCCUUGGAGCUACCUCGCUACCUAACCUGCCCCGGAGCAGGUUAGCCGUUCAGCGUACGUUGCCAUGGAGACUCGCCUCGCUAAGAAGGGAACCCGCGUUGUAGAACAGGAAACCCCGAACUUACCCUAGAAGUUACCUCGCUAAGCAGUAAUCCUGCUUUGUAGAGUAGGCCCCAAGAGCGCUGUAUGUUUUGGGUCGUUGUCAUGUUGGAAGACAAAGUGACGACCCAGACCCAGUUUUGCUGCUGACUGCAUGAGGUUUUCUUUCAGAAUCUUCACAUAUCCUUCUUUCUUCAUUAUUCCUUCAACCUUGACAAGAUUCCCAGUUCCAGAUGCACUGAAACAUCCCCACAGCAUGAUACUCCCACCACCGUGUUUAACUGUGGGGGGUUUAACUGUUCUUAGGGUUAUAUGCCUCUCCUUUCUUUCUCCAAACAUAAUCAAUGUCUCUGUGGCCAAAGAGCUCUAAUUUAGUCUCAUCUGACCAAAGAACACGUCUGCAGUAUGCACAAUCUUUCUCCAGAUUGUCUUUAGCAUACCUCAGUCUGGCUUUGAAGGUCUCUCUUUUGUAGAAGUGGAGUUUUUCUUGGCCUGCAUCCUCACAGUCCAUUUCUGUUCAGGACUCUAGAGACUGUCUUGUUUGACACCACAAUUCCUGACUCGGCUAAGUCAGCAACUACUGUUUUGGUGGUUGUUCUAGGGUGUUUAGACACAUCUCCCACCAGUUUUCUUUCCAGUCUCUUUGAAAUUUUUGAAAUUUGAAAUUCCUUGAAUUCUCAUUCAUUCUGCCCAGCUUUAAGUUCAUUUUCCCGGCAGUGAACCUUUAAUCAGACUUUAUUUCUGAUUUUGCUUCCUACCUCUCCCAGACUUGUUCUGUACUGUGUGGCUCUCCUUGAAUUUCUUGAUGAUACUUCUCACUCCACUUCUUGACACUUGGAAACACCGUGAUAAAUCUUUAUAUCCUUCUCCUGCUUUGUGAGCAUCAACAAUUCUUUUUUAAGUCUGAACUGAAUUCUUUUGUAUUUGCCAUGAUGCCUUCUCAAGUGACAGCUCAAAUGUGUAAUGGGGCUUUUAUACUGUGUGUAAAGUGUAGGACAACCAUUUGUUUUAACUUAAUUGAUUGAUUGAUGACAAGCUGUGAGCACUCAAAAGUGAAAGCACAUGAUUGCACAACAGUGGUUUUUGUUUUGGCUCAAUAAAAACUUCAAUUCUCAAAGGGGACCUGCCAUCAAAAUUUCAUACCCAUUUUUAUCAUUUUUUCAUAAUCCUUGAUGUCCUCUGAUCAUGUUUGCAACAUAAUUUUAGCUGAAAAGUUAUUUGAUGGUUUGUUUUUAGUAUGCCUAAAAAACCUUACAGGAAAACCAACUGAUUUUGGCUCGUUAACAUUUAUGGUAAUGAGCUUUGCUCUGAUUGGCUCAGCAGUGGAGGUUCGGAUUUCGGUUUAUCCAUUUUGCUAAUGUGUGCUAAAGUAAGGUGCCCAGAUGUCUGUAAUGAUAUCCGGGGAUACUUGGUGCGGCGGGGCGGGGAGGGUGCAGGGGCUGCAGGGGCUGUGUGAUCACAGACAAAAUCUUGGUACUAUUUAGUAGCAGCGCAUGCCCCUUGUAAUAACCCCCGUAAGAACUGUUGUUCAGGACUGCUUACUUGUGCUUCCUACCCAUUCGGCUACUGUAAUAACCGUUGUUCGAGCCCACACGCAACAUUUUUCCACUUAUUCAUGAAACGCUUAAAUCAGGGACAUUUUUGGGGACAGCUUUUGCCGGGGACAGGUCAUCCAAUUUGGGGACUGUUCCCGGAAAUCGGGGACGUCUGGUCACCUUAUGCUAAAGGCUAAAAAUGGCAGGUAUUAAACCAUAUAUUUUAGACCCCGAGUCCGAAGAGGAGGUGGAAGUUGAGGAAGAAGCCGGAGAUCUCCAGCGGUGUUUUCUCAUUCAUUCUGCCCAGCUUUAAGUUCAUUUUCCCGGCAGUGAACCCAAGGAAACACCGGUCGUUUGGAAGAGACCCAUAGAGGAUACAGUGGUAGCUGAGUCUCGCUCUGGCUGGAGAGUGAUGUUGUCUGUGAAUGAGUACGAGAACGAGAGAGUGGGCGCGGCUCACCGAGGACGCGCUCGUGAAUAAUAAUGAGCAAGGUCAGCGCGACGUCAGAGGGACCUGCUUUUUCAAUUGGCCUGGUUUACCCGUUCCUUUAUUUUAAACCUUUAUAGAAUGCAAACGACAUAAUGGUUUGUUUUCACAUUUACAACAUAAAGCCACGUUCAGACCAAACGCGACCUGAAGCGACCUAGUCGCGUUGGUCGUUGUAUUCCCGUCGCACCCUGGUGUGUUCACACCGGGUCCAAAGCUCACAGAGUUCACAGGACGCGGCUGGUCGCCGCUGACCUACUUCUCCCACCUUCCUUCUCCCUCCUUUUCUCCCUCAUAUAUACAUCCUGCAGCCCCUUCCAGCGGUUGCGGCACACAUCCACUGCAAAGACACACGCACACACCUGAAACAUGUAGCCUAGCAAGCAGGGGAAGUUUGCUAUGUUUUCAGAAAAUAGUCUGCUCAGUGAAAUAAAUAAACAAACAAACUUACCAGAAAGCCCGACAUCAUGGCCACCUUCGCCCAUGCCUCCUCCUUGGAGAUGUGGUCCCGGUAGAACGCGCACCCCACGUCGUUCAGGACCGGGUGAAAACUCAUGGCAGUGAUAAGCUGCUGCUCCUCCAUUGUGAUUCUUCUUCUCCUCCUCCUUGCUUUGCCAGUUUGUUGACGUCAGCAGAGCCCUGAUUGGCUGCCGUGACUUGGCGUCCUGCGACCUCGGGCGACGCGACGUCGGCGACCAUGCCUGACUUGGUCGCAGAGGUCGCUGACGUCGUGUCGCCGGUGGUCGCCAAGUCGUAUCAGGUCGCGGCUGUCCAUAGACUUUGCAUUAGGAGUCGUUGCUCACGUCGCCGAGGUUGCGUUUGGUCUGAACGCGGCUUAAGACGAACAUAUUAUGGACCUUAUCUGACACAAAAAAACACACAAAAUUACAUUUUUGAUGGCAGGUCCCCUUUAAGGGGGCUAAUAGUUUUGACCCUGGUAGUUUUUGGUUUUUGUGAAAUAAUUUUGUUUCUGUGUGCAAAGUAAAAUAGUGUAAGGAUCCAAAAUAAAACUAGGAUAUUUGGAAGAGCUGUGUAAAAAAAUCAUUAACCUGUUGAACAGCACUUAAAACUUAAAAUUUCAUAGGGGGGCUAAUAAUUUUGGCCUCAACUGUAGGUAAUUUCAACAGGAACCUAUGUGUUGUAUCUUUUUUGUGUGAACAGUGUUUUAGAAAUAAAGUCUGAUUAAAGCUACAGUCAUUAAAGUUAGAAUAAAUCUUUUGAAUGGGGUUCAUUAUGUCUUCAGUUUCUUAGAAAUAGUUUUCUUUAUAGCAGACAUGUCAUCUUUUUCAUGGAAACUUCUGCCUUCCUCAGAAGUGUGACUUGGUGGUUGGUGUGACACGUCAUAAAUCUGUUUUCUUCAGUCCUUAUCUGAAGAGGAUAAAGUCACUGAGUCAGAGUAAAGUGGUUUUAUCAUUAGGGUUAUGGCACCAGAUUGAAGUCAUUUCGUUCAGAGAAAUAAGUGAUUUUAUUGUGGAAAGUCUUCACACUGUGAGAAUAAAGUGGUUUUAUGAAGAAAACCAAGUCGAGCAGGCUUUUACUGCAUCACAAUGAUUUCACUUGAUUUCUGUGUUUGUUGGACAGAGUGACUCGGGAGGAUGGAUCUCAGUUUCUCAUUCAUAAAGGAGACGGCUACGGAGUUUCCUCUCAGACGGUGGUGGUCAAGGCUGAUCACAUGAGCUCUGCAUGGAAGGUGAGCCACCAAUCAACAGUGAUGAUGCUGUUGGUCUCUUUGCAGUUCACUCUCCAACACCAAACAGUAGAGGUGGUGGGUAAAAAAUAAAGAAGAAAAAAUGUAAAGGUGCAUAAUUUCUACUGUUACAAGAUUUUAUCCAAACACACCAUAUAAGAAUCAGAAUCAAGAAGACACAAUCGAGCUACUGUGGAGGAGCAAACAGCUGCAGUUCCUUCAGUGUCCACUAGAAGCUGAAGAAAGAAGAUGUGUUUUCAUCUCUUUGCAUUUUAAUGAUCCUCCUCUCUGUGUUUCCUCUUCACAGACUGUGAGCAGCAAAGACUUUAACGGAGGAAAGACCGUCGCUGACUUUGUGAAGGCCGCAGGAGAGACCUACGACAUCUGCAGUGCUAACUGUCAUCAUGCUGCAGAUGACAUGAUGAACCAGUGA